ACAAAAUCACCGCCGACAAUAGCAGGAAAUUAGUAGCACGAUAGUGAAGCGCGUGACCUCGACCCCACCCUCCACGCCUUACUCUGUCUGUCUUCAUCGUUUUUGAGUUCCAGCUUUAACACCACUUCCUUCUUCAUUCUUCCUCCUAAUCUUCUGUCUUUAUUGCCGGAACCUAAAAUCCACGAAUUUUGUGUUUAUUUAUUUAUUAAUAUAUACAGGUGAAAUCAGAAAGCAGCAGAUCCAAGAUCCACGAAUCUGAGUUUGUAGGUAUUCUUUAGGCUAGGCACAUUGCUAACAAAAUGUCAAGAAAGUCUGCAUACCCAACAAGGCGAUUUGGAGCCGGUGGAAACUUUGGGUGGCUUUUUAAUUCAAAAUCACGCAUUUCCCCUCUAUUAUCUACUGUCCUUAUCAUACUGGGUGUUGUCGGCUUAUGUACCUAUUUUUAUAGUGGAUCAGGUAUAGGUGGAAGUACAAAGGAAGCGCUUAGCAAGAUAGAUGGUGACUUUACAUGCACAUCAGAGGUUCAGAGGGCAACUCCUUACUUGAAGAGCGCAUAUGGUGACAGUAUGCGCCGUGUAUUGCAUGUGGGACCCGACACUUGUGCGGUGGUCUCCAGGCUGUUAAAGGAAGAGGAAACCGAAGCGUGGGGUAUAGAACCCUAUGACAUAGAGGAUGCUGAUGUCAACUGCAAAAGCCUUGUGAGGCAGGGUCUAGUUCGGGUGGCUGAUAUCAAGUUCCCUCUACCCUAUCGUUCAAAAUCAUUCUCACUUGUUAUCGUAUCAGAUGCUGUGGAUUACCUAUCUCCUAAAUAUCUUAACAAGACACUCCCCGAGUUGGCUAGGGUGUCCUCCGAUGGUCUUGUUAUUUUCACAGGUCAUCAAGGGCAAUCUAGAGCAAAAAUUGCAGAGCUGUCCAAAUUCGGGCGCCCUGCAAAAAUGAGGAGCUCAUCGUGGUGGGCAAGGUUCUUUGUUCAGACCAGCUUAGAGGAGAAUGAAGUAGCAAUCAAGAAGUUUGAGCAGGUUGCCACUAAGAGCGGACUCAAGCCAAGAUGCCAAAUUUUCCACGUGAAGUCAUACCACUGAUAUGAAAUACCGAGUAGGAUUUAUUUGCGCAUGCUCAAGAUCUUCAUUUAAUUAUUAGUAUUUCUUUGUUUUUGACAAAAACAUAUUUAAUUAUUCAUUUCUGGCCACAUAAGAGUGCCGUCUUUGAGUUUUUAGUCUGAUAUUGUACACGAUAUGGCUAUAUUGCCUGUGGCCAUCAUAUAUUUUGAAACAGUCAAUAAUCAUCAUAGUAUUAUAGAAGAAAUGAAGAUUGAGAUGAAACCAUGUAUUUUUUGCAUUCAUGAAUGGCAUAAUGGUCUUGGCUAACUGAUGUUGACUGUAAUUUACAGUAAAUACUGAGUAGUAUUCGCAUAUGCUCAAGAUCUGCUUCUUGUUA